AUGGGUUGUUGUGGAAGCAAGAAAGAAAAGCUCACAAACAAGGUUUAAGAAAAUUAGCCAUUGGACUAAAUUAAAUCAUCCCAAGUGAUAGUGUAGACGAACAAAGCUGGAACAAAAAGAGACUAUAAAAAAGGUGAUUUGAUAGGCACAGGUGCUUUUUCAGAAGUCUAUCAGGCUUUGGAUAAUAAAACUGGCAAAUUAUUAGCCAUUAAAACAGUUAAACUCUAAGGAGGAAAAGACGAAAUACUUAGAACUAUAAUUGCAUUAAAAGCAGAAAUCAAACUCUUAAAAAAGUUAUAGCACAAAAAUAUUAUUAAAUACUAUUUUACAGAAAUCAGCCCCAAUCAGAGUUAUGUUGACAUCGCCCUAGAAUAUAUUGCUUAAGGAUCACUUAGAAAGGUUAUCAAUAAAGUUAGGCUCGAUGAGGCCAAUGUUAGAAUUUAUGCACGAUAAAUCUUAGAAGGGAUUUAAUACCUUCAUCAAAAUAAAGUUAUCCAUAGAGAUAUUAAGGCUGCCAAUAUUUUAGUUGAUAGCGAUGGAACGAUCAAAUUAUCUGAUUUUGGAACAUCCAAAGUACUGGAGUCUGAGGAAACACUAAUAAUACAAAAUAAAUCCCUCAAAGGAACUCCCUAUUGGAUGGCUCCUGAAGUAUGUUAAUUGAAGGCUGCAUCCUUUGAAUCUGACAUCUGGUCUUUUGGUGGAGUGGUCAUAGAGAUGAUUGGAGGCUUGCCUCCUUAUGCUGACAAAUAUGGUGCAGAUAUUGAUGCCUAUGAAUUAAUGAAGAAAAUUGCUUUAGAGGAGAAACCAAAUUAUCCUCAACAAACAUCAACAUUAGCAACAGAAUUUUUAGACACUAUUUUUGUUGCAGCUCACCUCAGACCGUCAGCUAGCAAAUUACUCCAGCAUCCAUAUGUACAAAUUUCUGAUCCUUAGAUUGAUAGUGAAGAAGUGGGAUUCAAAUAAUCCCUUGAUCCAGUUCCUUCUAAGAGCAAAAUUGCUGGGCCUACUGCUGGGAAUAUUUAAGAUCAACCUAUCAAUUCAACUUAAACAUAACUGAAACAAUUAUAAUCACACAAACUAGAUGAAUAAAGGCUUUAAAAACAGAGAGAAUGGGAACUUGCCCUCCAAGAAGAAUUAAGAAGAAAGUCAAAAUAAAAUUUGUGA